UCAUAAUUUAGUAGACUAGUCCAUCUGUCAUACAACAAAAAAUCAAGUCGUUUAACCCAGUUUUAAAAAAGUUUAGCGUUUUUCAUGAAUAUGUUGAUAUAUGUAUAUCUUAGACACAAGUUCGUUGAGUUUGAAGUCAAAGCUGGUCAAAAUCUUACAUAGUAUUUUAGUACAUACAGUAAUUAUACGGUUACACCUAAGUCACAAUUAAGAAAAUUGAAUUUUGAUUUUAUAAAUGAACUCGAUUUUUAUAAAAUUUAUUGAAAUUUAAAUAUUUGUUCGGUAUUUAUUUUUCUAUAGCGUAAGUAAUCUCGUUUAAAGAUCGUACACUUACUGCUUCAUUCCAUAGUCUGCAUUGAAAAUGCAUAUGCUCAACAAUACAUAAUACACAUAUUGCAUACCAUUUACCAAGUGAGACAUUAUAGUGAGUGUUAAUGCAAUGAAACUCACCCUAUUUAACGAGAAUGACUCUAUACUUUUAGUAGGAGAGGGUAAUUUUUCAUUUUCUGUUGCACUAUUCCAACUUAAUUUAAAUAUUACGAUUAGUGCUACAUGCUAUGAAGCUGAUAUUAGUGAAGAUGUUGGAAAGAAAAACAUAGAAUAUCUAUUGUAUAAUGGAGUUCAAGUACUAUUAGAUGUUGAUGCAACGAACUUAAAAAAAGAUCCGAUGUUGGCAACAAAAUUAUUUGAUAAAAUUAUCUUUAAUUUUCCACAUGUGGGUGGUAAAAUGCGAAUAGAAAAAAAUAGAGAAUUGCUAAAACAAUUUUUUAUCAGUGCAACAGAAUUAUUAAAAAAUAAUGGUCAAAUAUUAGUUACUUUGUGCAAUGGUCAGGGUGGCACAUGCGUUGAUAAUCCACUAAGACGUUGGGAUGAUUCAUGGAAAAUUACAGAAAUGGCAGCAUAUGCAAAUCUUAUAUUGAGUACAAUUGAACCAUUCUCAUGGUCAUCCUUUCAAACUUACAUAGUAACUGGAUAUCGUAGUUUAGAUAAACAAUUUCACUCUGAAAGAGCCUUAACUCAUGUGUUUGUUAAGUCUGAGCCUCCAAGUGCACAGAACAUUGCUCCCAAAAAGAAGAUAAAUAAUAUUUCUCUGCAUAAUGAUCGUUUUUUAUGGAAAAAUAUUUCUCAACUAAUGAAUAUAUCAAAUACAAAUCCAUCCAAAAAUGUGUUUAAAACAUUUUGUACCUCUAAAUGGUUGCAAAUUGAAGAAAAUGUUCCUAAACCAUUGCGCAAUAUGAAGCCAAAGUCAGAAGGAAAUACAAAAAAACAAUUUCUUGAUAUGAAGCAAAUAAAAACUGUUGGAGGUAAAGGUGGCGAUGGAGCAAUAUCAUUUGCACAUUUAUGGUCUAAUGACUGUGCUGGACCUGAUGGAGGAGAUGGUGGGCAUGGUGGUCAUGUAAUUUUUCAGGCACAAGAAAAUAUCAAAGAUUUUUCGCAUUUAGACAGUGUUCUUACAGCCAAAGAAGGAGAAAAUGGUCAAGGUAGAGAUUGUUUUGGAAAAAAUGCUAAACAUACCAUAGUAGAGGUUCCCAUAGGUACUAUAAUACGAAACACCAAAGGAAAAAUUAUAGGUGAUUUAAAUAGCAAAGGAUCAAUGUUUAUUGCCGCACGAGGUGGUGCUGGUGGUCAUGGGAAUACAUACUUUAAAUCUGAUGUACACCAAGCACCAACCAUAUCUGAAUAUGGUGCACAAGGAGAAAACUUACAGUAUAUGUUAGAACUUAGAAGUAUGGCACAUAUUGGAUUGAUUGGACUUCCCAAUGCUGGUAAGAGUACUUUAUUACGAGCCAUAACUAGAGCCAGACCUAAGGUAGCUGCAUACCCAUUCACUACUUUGAGACCACAUUUAGGAAUGAUAUUAUAUGAUGAUUAUGAACAAAUUGCAGUGGCUGACUUACCAGGACUUAUAUCUGAUUCCCAUAAAAAUAGAGGUCUCGGUAUACAAUUCCUUAAACAUAUUGAACGUUGCAAAACAUUAUUAUUUAUUCUUGACGUAACAUGUGAUAAACCCUGGAUAGAUUUUGAAACCUUAAAAUAUGAAAUUUCACAGUUUAAUGUGAAGUUAAAUGAAAGAUCGAUUCUUAUUGCUGCAAAUAAGAUAGAUUUACCAAAAGCGAAGGAAAAUUUUGAAAUACUUACAAAAAAAGUUAAUUUACCAAUUAUACCAAUUUCUGCUAAAAUGGGUACAAAUAUAUCUACUUUGUUAAAAGAAAUAAGAAUCUUAUACAAUGCACAGAGAGAAGAAGAGGAAAACAUGUUGG